AUGGCUGAAUCAUUACCUCCCGUAGAGGAAUGGCCGGACUACAAUGUGCAACCUCUCGGAGCGAAUCCGCUUGAGCAGGAUGUCAACGCACCAUAUAAUAAGGGUGACCUCUGCUUCUUGGUCAUCGCCACCAUGUUAUGUUGGCAGAUCACGCCCGCCAUCGGCUUCCUGUACGCCGGUAUGCACCGUCGUAAAUCGGCCUUGACGAUGGUCUUCCAGUCUCUCUUCUGUGCGUGUGCCGUGGCAAUCCAGUUCUGGCUGUACGGGUACUCCCUCUACGAAGCACACACGACCAAUCCAAUCCUGGGCGACCUGUCCAAGGGUGUAUUGUACAAUGUCUUAGCCUACCCAAGUCUGGCAAACCCUGAUAUCCCAGAUAUCCUCUACGCGGCAUUUGGUGUCACUUUCGUGACUGCAACAGCCAUGAUCUUGGCUGGUGCCAUGUUGGAACGUGGGCGGCUUCUGCCUAGUACACUCUUCAUUCUCUGCUGGACAACAUUUGUGUACUACUUUCUAGCCUAUUGGGAGUGGAACCCUUCAGGGUGGCUCGCGAAGCUGGGUGUCCUAGAUUUUGCGGGUUCUGGCCCUGUCCAUAUUGCCAGCGGCUUCGGAGCCCUUGCCUGGUCUUUAAUGCUCGGCAGGCGCAAGGAUCCAUUCCAGGAGAGCCACCACCCUAAACUGCCGCACUUCAAGCCUCAUAACCCUUUCCUGGUCGGGAUCGGCACCAUUUUCAUUUGGUUUGGGUGGCUUGCCUUUAAUGGAGCUAGUACCGCUAACCUCAGCAUCCGCAGCAUCUAUGCAGUGAUGAAUACGAACCUAUCUGCAAGUGGUGGCGGUAUAGCCUGGGUCAUCCUGGAAUACGCCUACACUAAGAAAUGCAGCAUUGUCGGGUUUUGCUCUGGUAUCAUCAGCGGGCUCGUGGGGAUCACUCCUGCAGCGGGUUUUGUGCCGGUGUACACCGCGACUCUGAUCGGUUGGAUCACUGCUACUGGAUGCUUCUACGUCAACAAGUACAAGUACUUGAUUUCCAUCGACGAAGGUCUCGACAUCUUCGCCAUCCACGGAAUGGGUGGAGUCUUUGGUGACAUACUUACCGGCUUUUUUGCGGCGCCAUUCGUUCCGGCCUUGGACGGUGUUACGGCGAACAAUGAGGGGGGUUGGUACGCGCAAAACUUUAAGCAGAUGGGCUAUCAGCUCGCUGCGGCGGUGACUUGUGCCUCGUGGAGUUUCGUCAUCAGCUGUCUCUUGCUUUUCAUCAUCGACAAACUUCCAUAUCUUCAUCUGCGAGUUCGCGAAGAGGACGAGAUUCAAGGCUUGGAUCGCAAGUACUUUUCUGAUUGGGAGGCAGACGGUUUCGUAAGUCCUACUCAGGGUACUCCUUCUGGCCGCCUCGCAGGAGGACACAAGCCGGGCGCUGUAACUCCUGAGGAAGAGACGAAGAGGGAGUGA